AUCGAAGAAUCACAUGUCGCAAAUGAAGAUAUGAACAACAUGUCUUAACCGAGGCACACUAACCAAAUUUGGGGAAUAUUAGUGUAUUAAGUUUUAAACAUGGUUUCCUCUUCCAUCUUCCAUCACACCACAAAAUCACACGCUUUCCGCAUCCAAUUCACCUCAGGGGAUUCAAAUCAAGCAAUCUAAUUCAGUAGCUCCCAAAUCCAACUCUCUUCUCCCAAAUCCCCUUACAAACUCCAUACUGCUCUAGCAAGUGUAAUCACUAGAAAUUCGUAAGAUAAAAUGGCGUCGGCGUUGAGAUCCGCCAUUCUCCGUCACAUUCGAGUUCCCGUAACCAAUUCCUUAUCCCUGAGCGGAUCGGCCGUCCGAUCAAUGUCGUCUCACGGCGAUGAUCACCUCGACAAGCAGGCAGUUAUCGACCGAGUUAUUCACGUCGUCAAGAGCUUCCCCAAAGUCGAUCCAUCCAAGGUCACUCCUGAUGUUCAUUUUCAAAAGGAUUUGGGACUGGAUAGCUUAGACACUGUGGAGAUUGUAAUGGCUCUCGAGGAAGAGUUUAAGUUGGAAAUUCCAGACAAGGAAGCUGAUAAAAUCGACUCAUGCCAUCUAGCAAUCGAAUAUAUUCACAACCAUCCUAUAGCUAACUAAGAUAUGCGAGAUUUCCAUGGUUUGGUGUUUUGUUAACUAAAAGCAUGUAUCCUUCCGUCUCUGGGCGGGAAAUAAUUUAGUCGUGCUUGAGAUAAGAUAUCCCUGAGCUGGGGUUGAAUCAUGAAUGUUGGCGCCUAGUCUGUUCUUGUGUUGUUUUUAUUAAGCUCACGUUCCUCUGUUUUCCAAUGUACUAAAUCUUGUAAAUAACCAAGGAAACAUUGUCAACAAUUUUUUUAAGGUCCACACACUUGAAGUGAUGCUGCCUCAACGUGGGAAUUAACGGAUCUUGAAAUAUUGUCGAUUGUUGCCUCA